AUGAUUGCAAGAUAUCCCGACCAAUCGGUGCUAAAAGAAGGGCGCUCCGGCAGAGGGCAACCAAUCAACGGCGAGAGGGGCUGCGACAGUGAGUUGCCAAUGCUCCCGGGCCGCCGGAGCCUCGGCCGCGCAGUGGGUGCGAUGGGUCUGAGGAAGCGGGGCGUCUCCGUGGUGGCGACUGUGCUCCUCGGCUCCUUCACCGCCUUGCUACUGCCGCACCUCAAGGGCGCCUUGUGGUUGCUGCGAUGCCGCCUUCUGGACUCGGGAUUGAGCGGCGACUCCAGCACUGGGCUUAGCCUCACCUACAGCGGGGUGGAGCUGAGCCAAGUCGGCGAGCCCUGGGCCUUCAGGCGGAAAGCGGGGCCAGAAAUCCAAUUGGAAGCUAAAGCUGCUCUGCACCAGGCUCUGGAGAUGAAGCGUCUGGGGAAGAGAGAAAAGGCACAUAAACUGUUCAUGCAUGCCUUAAAUAUGGACCCACACUAUGUAGAUGCAUUGAAUGAAUUGGGUGUCUUCAUGGAAGAGAAUAAGGAUGUUAUCCAAGCUGACCAUUUAUACACAAAAGCACUGACUAUUUCUCCAUGCAAUGAGAAGGCACUGGUCAACCGUGACAGAACGUUACCACUGGUGGAAGAAAUUGACCAAAAGCAGUUUGGUAUCAUUGACCGCAAGGUUAAAAAGUUGAUGGCGAUACCCAAAGGGAAUGCUGCAUUGCACCGUGUGAUGGAGGAAAGUUAUUACCAUCAUAUUUAUCAUACUGUGGCCAUUGAAGGGAAUACACUGACCCUUUCUGAGAUCAGGCACAUCAUAGAAACAAGGUAUGCCGUACCUGGGAAGAGCCUGGUGGAGCAGAAUGAAGUUAUUGGGGUUGAUGCAGCUAUGAAGUAUCUCAAUAAAUCUCUGGUAUCAAGAAUUGGAUCUGUUAAUAUAGAUGAUAUUUUACAGAUUCACAGAAGAGUUUUGGGAUAUGUUGAUCCUGUAGAAGCUGGAAGAUUUCGAACCAACCAAGUGUUCGUAGGCCAUCACAUUCCUCCCCAUCCCAGAGAUGUCAAGAAACAAAUGCAAGAGCUUGUCCAGUGGUUGAAUUCUGAAGAAGCCAUGAGUCUACAUCCUGUAGAAUUUGCUGCCCUUGCACAUUAUAAACUUGUUUAUAUCCAUCCGUUUGUAGAUGGGAAUGGAAGGACGGCUCGAUUACUGAUGAAUCUUAUUUUAAUGCAGGCAGGUUAUCCACCUAUCACAAUCCGCAAGGAGCAGCGGGCAGAGUAUUAUACUGCAUUAGAUUUGGCCAAUGAGGGUGAUGUAAGGCCAUUUAUCCGCUUUAUUGGAAAGUGCACAGAGAUGACACUUGACUUGCUGCUGAUUGCAACAGCUGAUCAUUCUGUUGAUAAAGGUUUACCUGAAGCUAAUCCAAACCAUUCAGAUUAUACACAAACCAUCUUAGUUAAAAACUAAUGGCUUGAUGCUCCGUAAUUGGUAUGAUUAUGAGUGUGAACUUUAGUUAAACUUGAUUCCUUCAGAAAUUUGCCAAGUCUUUACUGAAGUGUUCUGUCUGUUUGGCUUUCAGGGAGGAAAGAAGAAAAAAAUCCCACAGCAGCUUUACAUGUUAGGAUUUCUGCUGUUGGAAUACUAGUUACUAUUUGAGAAUAGUGGACCCAUGCUCCACAUCUCUCCCAUUCUUGAUUGGUACUAUAAAGGAGAACAUUUUUUUAUAAUGUGCCAGUGUAAUAUUUGCCAACAAAUAUUUUGCUGUUAUAUGAACAAAUGAGUCUCAUGUAAUUUCAACAGCUAAAUAAAUUGUUGGGCACAUAAUUUGGAUGGGGGAAGGACAGGGAAACAAUUGAUCCCAGUUUUCUGGAUCAGUUAAGGAAAUGGGAAUGUGAAUUCCAGUACCUGCGGCUGGACAGCAGGUUUGUUAUCCUGUCCCUUGGUACUUGGGGAAGGAGCAGAAGAGGUCCUCACUUCUAACCCCUCCCAAGCUGGGAGGGAGGUAAUUACUAUAUUUUGAGAACAUAAAUUCAAGUUUAAUAUCUGGAGACAGUUUUUGGCAACAUCCUUUUUAAAUACCUUUAUAUGGGGGGAGCAAAAUCAAACUAAUUUUUUUUUCCAACCAGCAUCAUACUGCAAAGAUUGCACCCUCUAGUGAAGCUGUCAUGAAUGUUAUGAUUCCCUAAAGUAUUUGUCUUUGUUUUAUGUUAAUAAUAGGCUGUUUAGCACAGUUCUAAAGAGGAAAUCUAACUCUGUUAGAUUUUAUUCAGCUGGUGGGAUUACUGGAGUUGGUUUCAGACAAUUGGGCAGACCAAAGAUCUGAAUGAAAAAUAUCCUAAGUUCAUCAGUUGCUGUAGAAACUACAGUAAUGUGCACUUUCUCAUCAGAUUUAACUCCAAGCUCUCACUUGAAUAAUCAUAUUCAAAGGAAUCAGUGUGGAACAAACCUUAGACCAUAGUUUAACAAUUUUUCUUCAAAGAGACUGGAAUAUUUAUGUGAAUGGAAAUUGCACUUUGUAUAAAUGAGCUAUUUAAACAGGCCAUUAAAAUAGUGUAUUUAUAAUAUAUAAAAUGUAAGAAAUAAAUUAUACUGUUUAUAUCCUUUGGUA